GCCCGGCGGAGCCCGCGGAGCGGCCGUGGCAGGAGCACGAACCGGAGCGCCGCCGCGCCGGCACCCGGAGAUGCCCUGCAUCCAGGCCCAGUGCAGCACCACGGGCGCCGGCCCCUGCGAGCGCUGCCCGGCCGAGCUGCUCAGCCCCGAGGGCGGCCGAUUCCCCAUGGAAGUGGCCGGAGCCGAUCUGGCGGCCGCCGCUCCAGCCCUGCCCAGCUUCAGCACCUUCAUGGACGGCUACGCCGGCGAGUUCGACGCCUUCCUCUACCAGCUGCCCGCCAGCGGCCAGCCCAGCGCCGCCACCGCCUUCAAGCUGGAGGAUUUCCAGGUGUACGGCUGCUACCCCAGCGCUUUUGGGGGGCAGCCGGAAGAGACCCUGUCCUCCAGCGGCUCGGACUGCUACGGGAGCCCCUGCUCCAUCCCCUCGCCCGCCACACCCGGCUUCCAGCCCCCGCAGGCCGCGGCAUGGGAGGGCUCCUUCGGGCCGUACUCGCCGCUGCCGAACUAUGAGGCCGGGCAGCCCUGGGCUGAGCCAGCCAAGAGUGGGGGGUCUCAGCCUCCAUUUUUCGCCUUCAGCCCCCCGGCCCCCAGCCCUGCUGGCUCCCCGGCGACCCUCAAGGGGCAGCUGGGCCCCUCGCCCCGUGUGGACCCGCGGCUGCUGGACACAGACGCGUUUCCCCCGAGCCAGGGGGGUCCCAGGGGGUUCGGGGGGCUGCCCUUGGCUCCCAGCUCGCCGCUGCUGGAGGGGCCCAGCAAGGUGCGCAGCCCCGGGGCGGGCGAGGGGCGCUGCGCCGUCUGCGGGGACAACGCGUCGUGCCAGCACUACGGCGUGCGCACCUGCGAGGGCUGCAAGGGGUUCUUCAAGCGCACAGUGCAGAAGAAUGCCAAGUACAUCUGCCUGGCCAACAAGGACUGCCCUGUGGACAAGCGGCGCAGGAACCGCUGCCAGUUCUGCCGCUUCCAGAAGUGCCUGGCCGUGGGCAUGGUCAAAGAAGUGGUCCGGACCGACAGCCUGAAGGGGAGGCGGGGCCGGCUCCCCUCCAAGCCCAAGCAGCCGCCGGACGCGUCCCCGGUCAGCCUCAUCACCUCGCUGGUGCGGGCUCAUAUCGACUCCAUCCCCAGUGCCACCAAGCUCGACUACUCCAAGUUCCAGGAGUCAGCCCCGUGCCCGUUUGAGAAGGAGGACUCCGUGGACGUGCAGCAGUUCUACGACCUCCUCACCGGCUCCAUGGACGUCAUCCGCAAGUGGGCCGAGAAGAUCCAGGGCUUCAGCGAGCUGCCCAAGGAGGACCAGGACCUCCUGCUGGAGUCAGCCUUCCUGGAGCUCUUCAUCCUUCGCCUGGCGUACCGCUCCAAGCCAGAGGAAGGCAAACUCAUCUUCUGCAACGGCGUGGUGCUGCACCGGCAGCAGUGCGUGCGUGGCUUCGGCGAGUGGAUCGACGCCAUCCUCGAGUUCUCCCAGAGCCUGCACCGCAUGAGCGUCGAUGUCCCCUCCUUCUCCUGCCUCGCCGCCCUCGUCAUCAUCACAGACCGGCACGGGCUGAAGGAGCCCAAGCGGGUGGAGGAGCUGCAGAACCGCAUCGUGGGCUGCCUCAAGGACCACGUGGCGGCAGCAGGGCCCGAGCCCGGCCGCUCCAGCUGCCUCUCCAAGCUGCUGGGCAAGCUGCCCGAGCUGCGCAGCCUCUGCACCCAGGGCCUCCAGCGCAUCUUCUACCUCAAGCUGGAGGAUCUGGUGCCACCACCACCCAUCGUGGACAAGAUCUUCAUGGACACUCUGCCUUUCUGAGUCCCGGGCAAGGGACUGCCGUGAGCCCCUGACCUGCCUGGGGACAUCUGGGACCCGCCCUGGGCAACCCUGGUUCAGUCCAAGGAUGCCUGGGAACCCUCUGGGCACCCCUGGGUCACCCCUGGGAUGCCUGGAACAUCCCCUGGGUACUCCUAGAUCAGCCCUGGGAUGUCUGGGACCCACCCUGGGCAACGCUGGUUCAGUCCAAGGAUGCCUGGGAACCCUCUGGGCAUCCCUGGGAUGCCUGGAACAUCCCCUGGGUACCCCUAGAUCAGCCCUGGGAUGUCUGGGACCCUCCCUGGGUGACCCCCAGAAUGCCCAAAAACCACCUGGGGUAUCCCUGGAUCACUCCCGGGACGCCUGGAACCUGCCCUGGUCACUCCUGGAUCAGCUCUGGGAUGCCCAGGACAUCCCUGUGGACUCCUGAACGACCUCUGGGACACCUGGGACCCUCCCCCCCCAAGGCCAUUCCCAAGACUCCAUGCAUACCCCUGGAUCACCCCCAGAACACCUGGAACCCCCUCCUGGGUCAUCCACAGGAUGUCUGGCACCCCCUGGGCACCCCAAAUUGCUCCUGGGAUGCCUGGGACCACCCCUGCAUCACUCCAGGGAUGCCUGGGAUCGCUCCCAGGAUAUCUGGAACAUCCCCUGGGUACCCCUAAAUCAGCCCUGGGAUGUUUGGGACGCCCCCUGGGUGACCCUCAGAAUGCCCAAAAACCACCUGCGGAUCCCUGGAUCACUCCUAGGAUGCCUGGAGCCCCCUCCUGGGUCAUCCACAGGAUGCCUGGAACCCCCUGGCACCCCUAGAUCGCUCCUGGGAUGCCUGGGACCACCCCUGCAUCACUCCAGGGAUCCCCUGGAUCACCCCCAGAACACCUGAACCCCCUCCUGGGUCAUCCACAGGAUACCUGGGAC